UGCUUUUUUUCCUACUAGUUUCACUCUAAUACUCUGCAAGCAGUUUGAAAAGUUCCGUUUGUUAAAAAUUUAAUGUUUUUGUCCCUUCAGUUAAGGGGAGAAUGUUCAUAAUGAGUCCUCCAAAUCUGCCAGCAAAAUUAGGGAAGACAACUUGAUAUUUCUGAUGCUGCUAAGGGAAAAUCCACCAGGAAAAAAAAAUCAUAAACACACUUUUUGGCCUUCCUACUACAUCUGAAGAAACAAAAAAGAAUACCAACCUAUCUUCCUCUGCUUUGUAUGUCACUAUUACCAUUACAGUAGGACUGUACACCUGCAAUUGGGAUAAACAUGGAGAAAAAUGGGAACAUUCAGCUGGAGAUUCCGGACUUCAGCAACUCUGUCCUGAGCCACCUGAACCAACUGCGUAUGCAAGGCCGCUUGUGUGACAUAGUAGUCAACGUACAGGGUCAGGCUUUCCGUGCUCACAAAGUGGUGCUGGCUGCCAGUUCACCCUACUUCCGCGAUCAUAUGUCCUUGAACGAGAUGAGCACAGUCUCCAUUUCGGUCAUCAAGAAUCCCUCUGUUUUUGAACAGCUCCUUUCUUUCUGUUAUACUGGGCGGAUAUGCUUGCAGCUGGCUGACAUCAUAAGUUACCUGACAGCAGCCAGCUUUCUGCAGAUGCAGCACAUUAUAGACAAAUGCACACAGAUCCUUGAGGGAAUUCACUUCAAAAUUAAUGUGGCAGAAGUUGAAGCAGAACUGAGCCAAACUAGGACAAAGCAUCAGGAGAGGCCCCCUGAGUCUCACCGGGUUACCCCAAAUCUAACCCGCUCACUGAGUCCACGCCACAACACUCCCAAAGGGAGUCGUCUGGGCCAGGUCAGCACAGUACUUGACAUUCGGGAGCUGAGCCCCCCUGAGGAGUCCACCAGCCCUCAGAUAAUAGAGCAAAGCUCAGACGUGGAGAGUAGGGAGCCCAUACUGCGGAUUAACAGAGCAGGGCAGUGGUACGUGGAGACUGGAGUGGCAGACCGCGGAGGACGGAAUGAUGAUGAUGUUAGGGUGCUUAGUGGAGUACGUAUCAAAACAGAGAACCUGGAAGAGUGGUUGGGGACAGAAAAUCAGCCCUCUGGAGAAGAUGGGAGCAGUGCUGAAGAGGUCACUGCCAUGGUGAUCGACACAACGGGCCACGGAUCAUUGGGCCAAGAGACCUAUACAUUAGGAUCUUCAGGGGCCAAAGUGGUCAGGCCAACCAGCAGUGAGAUUGACAGAUUUAGCCCUUCUGGCAGCAUGGUCACUGUAACUGAGCGGUACAGGUCGAAAAGUGAGUCUCCCGGGAGAAUGGAUGAGCCAAAACAGCCCAGCUCCCAGGUCGAGGAGUCAGCCAUGAUUGGAGUGAGCGGUUACGUCGAGUAUCUCCGUGAACAGGAAGUAUCUGAGCGGUGGUUCCGUUACAACCCACGGCUGACCUGCAUCUACUGUGCUAAAUCCUUCAACCAGAAAGGCAGCCUGGACCGGCACAUGCGCCUCCAUAUGGGCAUCACACCUUUUGUUUGCCGCAUGUGUGGUAAAAAGUACACCCGCAAGGAUCAGCUGGAGUACCACAUCCGCAAGCACACAGGCAACAAGCCCUUCCACUGCCAUGUCUGUGGCAAGAGCUUCCCCUUCCAGGCCAUCCUCAACCAGCACUUUCGCAAGAACCACCCUGGCUGCGUGCCCUUGGAGGGGCCACACAGCAUCUCCCCUGAGACCACUGUCACAUCACGGGGGCAGGCUGAGGAAGAGUCUCCCCCGCAGGAGGAAGCUGUUGCUGUGGGGGAGACAGCACAGGGAUCCGUAUCCACCACCGGGCCAGAUUGAAACAGGGCACACAUGAGGGAGAGAACCCUCUUCCCUCCCGUUCAGCUGCAAACAGCACCAAUACAGCGGGCUGGUACUGUAAUUAGUGCAAUGCCACCACUGGACAGGAAGCAGCUGUCAGUAUGUUGCCAAAAUAGAAGAGUAACAAAAAUAAGUGCUAAAAGCUUUUCCCCUUUUCCUCAUCUCCUUGGGAAAACAAAACAUAAACCAAACUUAAGUCAAUCAGCUUCUGAUUCAGGGAUCGACAGGAUUUUUUACAAAUUUUUUUAAUCUUCAGUAGCAGUCCAAGACAGCAGUCACUUCAUUUCUUGACGGCGUUUUGGCUCAGCACCUCAGUCCUUGUGGCAGUGUUGACUGCAAUGGCUCCAAUCCAGUGAAUGCAGUGCACAGGUGUCUGUCUUCGCCAGAGCUGCUGGUCCAUCCUAAGGAGUUAGCAGGGGCCAAGGAUCAGUCGCCCCUCCCCUGUUCCCAGGUAGUCAUCAUGUUAAAGAGAAAUGACCGUCCUGGUGGAGCCUGCCCUGCCAGAGUGUAUUUAUCCCAUCUUAUUUUGGUGUGUCUCUUUUUACAUUUUUAAUUGAACCAUUAUUUUAGGGCUUUCUGCUUGCCCUUUCCAGGCAUGUGGCAUUGCACCCACUUGCUGAAUGUGGGCAGCAGCCAUUAAGCAGUAUUGUAGAGGUCAGCAAAAUCUGAAGCGCUUAAGCUACUGAAAGUGAAAUAGCAGCUGUGAGGUUUGCAUUAGACUCUACGAUGUUCUUAGGGGUGGGGAUAUAGGGGGAGGGUGUGCUUUAUUGUUGCUAAUUUGCCUAGCACAGAGCACACCAACUUCCUGACCAGUUUCUACACACUGCAAUGCUUUGAAUGUUGCCAAGAGUUAGAAAGAGGCUUCCGGUCUGGAGAAAAUGAGAAGUUAGAGGCUGGCUACCAAAGUCAUCUUUGGUCUCCCCUGCACUUGAUCUUACAUAACAGCAAUAUUGUAUACUGAAGCAGUCAAACCCCAGUGAAGUGAUCAUGGGUGGUUGUUUUUAAAUACGUCUCUGUGUACUCGUUUGAUAAGUUUAUAUAAUGAAAUGGGAAAAAAAAACAAAAAAA